AUGGAAGGCAACGCGCAACAAGCCCGGCCACCCCAGCCUGCGCCGCAACAACAAGCCUCCCUUAUCCGACCCGAACAAGUUCAACGAUUACCGCAGUUGAAUCCCGCGCAGAAACAGCAGUAUGAGCAGGGAGUCAAGAGAUUCUGGGAGGUCCUGAAUACUACGCCGCAAGGCGAUCCCAAGUACAACGAAGCCUACCAAGGCCUGGUGCGGACGUCAAGCCAGUUAAUGGCUGGCAUGAAACAGUGGCAGCAGAACGCAAAACAGCGGAUGGCGGCUCAGGCGCAGCAACAGGCAGCACAGCAGGCUCAACAACAGGCCCAGCAGCAAGCCCAGCAACAAGCGCAACAGCAGGCGACCCAGCAGCAAGGCCAGGCGCAACCACAAGCCCAGAAGGCUGCCCCAGGCAUCACAGGUGGCCAAGCGCAGGCUACAGCGGGCCAAAAUGGAAGCAGUAGCGUGCAGUUCAACCAGCUGUUACCCGAGAUUCAGCGCAAAGUGAAUGAACAACAUUUCUACUAUCCUCCAGCCAUGACCAAAGGUACGGAAGCCGCCGAAGUCUGGCUGCGCGAGGCAAAGGCAAGAUUAGGACAAGCUCUCCAGAGACUCCAGGUGGCGAAGCAGAAGAGGACCGAGUUUCAGAGACAAGCCCAACAGCGACAGCAGGCCGGCAAUCCUUUGACGCCGCAAGAAACCGAGGUGUUCAACAAUAAAAUCGCACAGUGUGAUCGAGCUGUAAAUGAGAGCACUCAGUUCAUGAAGAAGUUUAACGAGCAGCAAGAGCAAUUUCGCGCCGCCCAGCCUCAGAAUCAAUACACCAAGCAAGCAGCGCCGAGUGGUGCAAUUGGUGACAGCGCACUCGCAGAAGCUUCAUCUGUCCCUCACUUGCAAUCUGGAGUUCAAGGCCCGACAGCUCACUCGAUCAGUAGUGCUGUGUCUGCUGCCCGAAACCAAGCAAGCGCAGCCCAAGCUGGCAGUGUUCCAGGUGCGACGCCUCAGCCCGGACAAAGCGCAAUAGCAACCAGUCAACAGACGCCAGUGAGCGCAACCCAGGCACAGUUUCCAACGGUUCCAGCAGACGCAACGGCAGCGGCAGCGGCAGCGCCUCGUCCAGUCUCACAUCAAGGUCAGGCUAUGCCUCCUCAAGCCACACCACAUAGUGCUCAACCGGGCGGCCAUCCGCAUCCUCUUAACACGAGUAUUAAUGGCGCAAAAACCGCCACUCCAGUCAUUACGAAGAACCUACAAGUCGCUGAGCCCAAACCCGUUGCAAUGCCACCAUCCAGACCAACCUUGACCGGCGGCGCAGGCGUGGGACUGCCCGGCCAGCUGGCGCAACCGGCCAUUACCGCGCUUCCCGGCUACGUUUUGGAAUCGAGCGAGGAUGGCCGUGUGUUGUCCAAGAAGAAAUUGAACGAGCUUGUUCGCGAGAUAUUCCUCGCCAUUGCCGACGACUUUGUCGAUGAACUAGUCUCGUCCGCGUGUAAGCUGGCCAAGCUUCGUGGCUCAUCCAGCCUUGAACUACGCGACCUUCAAAUCAUCCUCGAACGACAAUACAAUAUCCGGGUCCCCGGCAUAUCCACGGACGAGAUUCGAACUGUGCGCCGACCGCAGCCUGCGCCAGGUUGGGCUCACAAGAUGAGUGCGGUCCAAGCUGCUAAGCUGACGGGCGGUGGUAGUGCAGCGGGCACAGCUAACGCUGCGGGCAAGGACGCCUAG